AUGCCAAAGACAAUUCUCCCAUACGAACUGGGAAAUCUUAAUUGGUCCGAAAUAGAGAGCUUGGCCUUUCAAACAUUCAUCUCCGAUUAUUGUAUUUCUUCAUUAAACCGCACAGUAUCUCGUGGAUAUCUGAAUGGUCUUGAAUCCCUAAUUGAGAAAGCCGGACCAGCGUCAACUGUUUCACAGUCAUGUAAGAUCAUCUCUUUGGCAAACCUUGGGAAGAAGGCAUCUAGUCCUAUGCUUCUGCAGAAGGCUGAGACGUUGUACUUUGACUUUCUUCCCUCCUUUCGCUCGACUAUUUCCAACGAGGGCAAGUCCACGACGAUUCAGUCACUUAUAACUGCUGUGCUAUUGGGUCUGUAUGAGAUCAUUACGAUUACUAGUAGCGAACUAGAUUCGCAUGUGGCUCAUGCGCGAGGGGUAUCAGCCAUUCUCAUGAACAAAUACUCGCCAUAUGACUUAGUUUGUGGGGUCCAACUCUUUCAGCUUACCAACCCUCUCUCCAAGGAUUUGAAGGGUUCGGACCCUAAGAAUAUAGCCACACCCACUCUCCAGACAUCAAAAUCUUUUAGUAUUCUUUGUCCCCCAUUAAUACAUUCCCCAUGGGCAACACUUGAUCCUAUCUUUGUCAAGACAAUCUCAUUAAAACGGAAAGCGGAGAAGUUGUUGGGCGAUGAAAUAGAAGCAACAGUAAUCGAUGAUCUCCAGCUUCUCAAGCAGGAGGCUGAGCUACUAACCUUGAGAUAUGGAAGACCUGAAGUAGGCUACUGGCCAGGACCUGUUUUAGGCUACUAUGAUCCUUAUGUUGCUUGCAUCAUAAACUCCUACCACAAAUCUCAACUUUUAGUGUUGGACAUUAUAGCCCGCUGUCAUCGGGCCACUACAAAUUUACCGCAAGAUGCCAAAAUGGACCCUUGGAUCUAUCAGGAAGGCCAAAAACUAGCACUGAGCAUUACAGCGUCUAUUCCAUAUUUCCUAGCGGAAAACGUGCAAGUAUUUUUUAAUCAAUCUCUAGCCUCGGAUAUGACAUCUAUGACGAUGAUCCCUGGCCCGUCAGUAGGCGGCUUGCUUUCAAUGCACACUCUAUAUAUGGUAUCGAAAAUGUCCGUGGUCGAUCCGGCGCUAAAGGUCUAUUUGAGCGACUGUCUGGCGUGGAUUGGACGGAAUAUGGGAAUCGCUCAAGCUACCAUGCUAUCGGAGCAUACAUCCACGAAUCUGUCUGAUUAUGUCAGGCAAGCGCACGUUUUGAUCUGGGCAGGCAUGCUUAUCUAA